AUGGAUCUCGUUAACCACCUCGAAGGACGUCUCCUCUUCGCCGUUCCCAAAAAGGGACGUCUCCAGCAAGCCACUCUCGACCUCCUCGCCGGCUGUGACGUCCAGUUCCGCCGCGAAACCCGUCUCGACAUCGCGCUGGUCAAGAACCUGCCCAUCGCCCUGAUCUUCCUGCCCGCGGCCGACAUCCCUACCUUCGUCGGCGAGGGCCGUGUUGACUUGGGUAUUACCGGCCGCGACCAGGUCGCUGAGCACGACGCUACCUUGCCCGCCGGUGAGGUCUCCGGCGUCGAGGAGAUCCUUGAUCUCGGCUUCGGUGGCUGCAAGCUGCAGGUGCAGGUUCCCGAGAAGGGAGAUAUCACCGAGGCCAAGCAGCUCGUUGGUCGCAAUGUUGUUACCAGCUUCACUGCGCUUACCGAGCAGUUCUUCGCUCAGCUUGAGGGUGUUGAGGCUGGCAAGAAGAACCUGAGCACUAAGAUUAAGUACGUUGGUGGUAGUGUUGAGGCUGCCUGUGCGCUGGGUGUCGCAGAUGGCAUUGUCGAUCUUGUUGAGUCUGGUGAAACCAUGAAGGCUGCUGGUCUUAAGGCUAUUGACACUGUCGUUACCAGCACUGCUGUGCUUGUCAAGUCCCGGACUUCCAACAACGAUACCGUGAACCUGCUUACUUCACGUAUUCGCGGUGUCAUUACUGCCCAGAAGUUCGUUCUGUGCCAGUACAACAUCCCCCGUUCCGAGUUGGCUACCGCUUCCAAGAUCACCCCUGGAAAGCGCGCGCCCACUAUCACUGCCCUCGAGGAGGAGAACUGGGUCGCUGUUAGCUCAAUGGUUGAGAAGAAGCGCAUCGCCACUGUUAUGGAUGAGCUGAUUAAGGUUGGAGCUACGGAUAUUUUGGUGCUGAACAUUGCCAACUCCCGUACCGAUUGA